AUUUUACUCUUUUUUAUAUCAGCAAACAAUUGAAGAAGCCACUAAUCAAUUAACUGUUUUUUAAUUCUUCAAAGUCCGCUUCUUUGCUUCCUACCCCAAAAACCCUAGCAUAAACCCCCAAUCUUCUUCUCAAUUCACAUUUCCGGCGAUAAACGAAUCCGUGAGAAUGGCGUUUAGGUCAAGAGAGAUGAUGAAGAAGCUCGUGAAGAAAAUCGGCGGCGAACAGAAUCUAGCUCCGGGAGUGAAAGAUCAGCUGAAAAAAUGGGUGCCGGAUCGCAAAAUCGUUAUGGGCCGAGCUAACCGCGGGAUUUUCGCCGGCCGCCACAUCCAAUUCGGCAAUCGCGUCAGUGAAAAAGGAGGCAACAAGACAAAGAGGUCUUGGAAACCCAAUGUGCAGGAGAAGCGGCUCUUUAGCUACAUUCUGGAUCGUCAAAUCCGUGUCAAGGUGACUACUCACGCGCUGCGCUGCAUAGACAAGGCAGGCGGAAUCGACGAGUACUUGCUCAAGACACCCUACCACAAGAUGGACACGGAAAUGGGUCUCUUUUGGAAAACUAAGAUCGAGAAGAUGUAUCAAGACCUUGGAGGGAAGCAGGUCGUUUUCUUUGCUCCUGAGGACGAGGCCAACUUCGAAGAGAAAUUCAACGAGCUAAGACUAGAACAGAAGGCCGAGCGUAGAGACGCCAGGAGAAAGAUUGAUGGUUCGGCCUCCAAGCAAGAGGCAACGGAGGAUGGAACAGACGGGGCGGAAGCCAGUGAACCAGCAACUUCAAGAAAUGAAGACGGGAGCUCUCACACCGACAUCCACGAACCAUUGGUAGCCAAUGCUUAGAGAUGACUCGCGUCUGCACGUGGGCGGUCUUUGGCUCGUCCUCUCGCAUUUCCACCGGAGAUGCCCACUGCAUCUUGUAAUCUUGGCAAGAAUUACAGUUUUGUUGCCUUGGUUGGUACGUUAUUAUAAUGACUAUACAAGUGCUCCACUUUUUGGGAUGUAUGUUCAAAUUCUGCUGCCAAAUAGCUGUUGACUGACAAGAAGUAGAUUUUCUGGUAUCUUACAAUAAUAGAUUUAUGUGUUUUUAA